AUGGCCAACCCGGAGAAGCUGCUCUUCUCCCGCCCCCAGGCACCCCGGCCCGCGGCUGGGGAGCAGCCCAGAUCCGGCCCCGGCCAGCCCCGCCCGGAGCCCCAGCGCAGCGCCGCCGCGCGCCCGCCCCCAGCCUCUCCGGGCCGCGCCGGCCUCUCUGCGCGCUGCGGCGCCGGCGGGAGCAGCGGCGGCCGCCGGGGCGCCCCCCGCUCUCCCUUCUCCCUCUCCUUCCCCUCCCCUUUCCCCUCCUCCUCUCCAUCUCCCUUCUACUUCUGGCCGCCGCCCCCCCGGCCCCCUCCUCCGGCUCUCCCCUCCUCAUCCUCCUUUCACCUCCCAGUGAGUCUCCAAGGGAGGGAGGGCGAAGCGGCGGCGGCUGGAGGAGGAGGCGGCGAUGCUGGAGGAGGAGGAGGAGGAGAGGCAGCUCCCCUGAGCGGCCACCCCGGCAGCAGUCACCGCGCCGGCAGCGGCGGGAGGCGGCGGCUGCUCUUCGCUCCCGCGCUCCAGGGCUUGCUCCCGCCCGCCCGCGCCGGGCCCCGGCCCCUCCUCGGCCCGGCCGCCUGUCGCCCGGGGCCUCCCGGGUUCCUGGGCGCCGCCGGGGGCUUCGGAGGCCCGGGCUCGGGCUCCGGCGGCCGCCGCCGUCCGUGGCCGCGCAGAGGCGCCGGCUUCGCGUUCGCCGCCUGGGCCCCGCUGCUCCUCGGCUCCGACAUGGGAGAUGGACCUUCUGCUCCUGCGGGCUGCUUCAGAAGGUUUACGGAGUGUCUUCUGAGCCCAAGUUUGACAGAUGAAAAAGUGAAGGCAUAUCUUUCUCUUCACCCCCAGGUAUUAGAUGAAUUUGUAUCUGAAAGUGUUAGUGCUGAAACUGUAGAAAAAUGGCUGAAGAGGAAAAACAACAAACCAGAAGAUGAAUCGGCUCCUAAGGAAGUCAGCAGGUACCAAGAUACGAAUAUGCAGGGCGUUGUAUAUGAACUCAACAGCUAUAUAGAACAGCGGUUGGAUACAGGAGGGGACAACCAUUUACUCCUUUAUGAAUUGAGUAGCCUCAUUAAAAUAGCCACAAAAGCUGAUGGAUUUGCACUGUAUUUCCUCGGAGAGUGCAAUAAUAGCCUUUGUGUGUUCACACCACCUGGAGUAAAAGAAGGAAAACCACGGCUCAUCCCUGCUGGGCCAAUUUCCCAGGGUACCACGAUAUCUGCUUAUGUAGCCAAGUCUAGAAAAACACUGCUAGUGGAAGAUAUUCUGGGAGAUGAACGAUUUCCAAGAGGCACUGGACUGGAAUCAGGGACUCGUAUCCAGUCUGUUCUUUGUUUACCAAUUGUCACUGCAAUUGGUGAUUUGAUUGGUAUUCUUGAGCUUUAUCGGCACUGGGGCAAAGAAGCCUUCUGUCUCAGCCAUCAGGAGGUUGCAACAGCAAAUCUUGCCUGGGCUUCAGUAGCAAUACAUCAAGUGCAGGUAUGCAGAGGUCUUGCCAAACAAACUGAAUUGAAUGACUUCCUACUCGACGUAUCAAAAACAUAUUUUGAUAAUAUAGUCGCAAUAGAUUCUCUACUUGAACACAUAAUGAUAUAUGCAAAAAACCUGGUGAAUGCCGACCGUUGUGCACUUUUCCAGGUGGACCAUAAGAACAAGGAGCUGUAUUCAGACCUUUUUGAUAUUGGAGAGGAAAAGGAAGGAAAACCUGUCUUCAAGAAGACCAAAGAAAUAAGAUUUUCAAUUGAGAAAGGAAUAGCUGGUCAAGUAGCGAGAACAGGGGAAGUCCUUAACAUCCCAGACGCCUACGCAGACCCACGCUUUAACAGAGAAGUAGACUUGUACACAGGUUAUACCACUCGGAAUAUCUUGUGUAUGCCUAUCGUGAGCCGAGGGAGUGUAAUAGGUGUUGUACAGAUGGUGAACAAAAUAAGUGGAAGUGCCUUCUCUAAAACGGAUGAAAACAACUUUAAAAUGUUUGCAGUCUUUUGUGCUUUAGCCUUACACUGUGCUAAUAUGUAUCAUAGGAUUCGUCAUUCCGAGUGCAUUUACCGAGUAACUAUGGAAAAGCUAUCCUAUCAUAGCAUUUGCACUGCUGAAGAGUGGCAAGGCCUCAUGCAUUUCACCCUCCCCGUGCGGCUCUGCAAAGAUAUUGAAUUAUUCCACUUUGAUAUUGGUCCUUUUGAAAACAUGUGGCCUGGAAUUUUUGUCCAUAUGCUCCAUCGGUCCUGUGGGACAUUUUGCUUUGAACUCGAGAAGUUGUGUCGUUUCAUUAUGUCUGUUAAGAAAAACUACCGGAGGGUUCCUUAUCACAACUGGAAACACGCCGUUACCGUGGCCCAUUGCAUGUACGCCAUACUCCAGAACAACCAAGGGCUAUUCACAGAUCUGGAGCGCAAAGGACUGCUUAUAGCAUGUCUGUGUCACGACCUGGAUCACCGGGGCUUCAGUAACAGCUACCUGCAGAAAUUCGAUCACCCUCUAGCAGCCCUCUACUCCACGUCUACGAUGGAACAACACCACUUUUCUCAGACAGUGUCUAUCCUUCAGUUGGAAGGGCACAAUAUCUUCUCCACCCUGAGCUCCAGCGAAUACGAACAGGUGCUUGAGAUCAUCCGCAAAGCCAUCAUUGCCACCGACCUCGCUUUGUACUUUGGAAACAGGAAACAGUUGGAAGAGAUGUACCAGACUGGAUCGCUAAACCUUAAUAAUCAGUCGCAUAGAGACCGUGUAAUUGGGUUGAUGAUGACCGCGUGUGAUCUUUGUUCUGUGACAAAACUGUGGCCAGUUACAAAAUUGACAGCAAAUGAUAUAUAUGCAGAAUUCUGGGCUGAGGGUGACGAAAUGAAGAAAUUGGGCAUACAGCCUAUUCCUAUGAUGGACAGAGACAAAAAGGAUGAUGUUCCACAAGGCCAAGUCGGAUUCUAUAAUGCUGUAGCCAUUCCUUGCUACACCACACUUACCCAGAUUUUCCCUCCAACUGAGCCACUCCUUAAAGCGUGCAGGAAUAAUCUCAGUCAGUGGGAAAAAGUGAUUCGAGGAGAGGAAAGUGCAGUGUGGAUCUCAUCACAACCAGUGACGCAAGGGACCUCAGAAAAGCUGCCCGUUAAGAUCGACGACUGACCACCGCUGAUCAGCAGUUUUCACUGAAAAAUUCUCAUCUUGCUUCUUUGCCUUUUUUUUUUUUCCUUUUAUUUUUGUGGGAGAAAAAAACUUGCACCUGGUAAGUGGAAUACAAACCUACUCAAGAAGGUACCAUCAAGUAGAUAUCUCAACCAGAUGACUUCCUGCCAGUCUUAUUUCUAAUGUCUUAUAGACAAUGAAAACCCAGACCCCCUCGCAUGGGUCAGGAAUCUGCUGUCCGAGUGAACGCCACUUGACUUGUGAACUGGACUUUUCUAACAGGCUAAUGUUGCUGAAGCCUUAAUGGAAACGGACAGAAAUAUUCCUAAGGGGGUUACUUUUCCACUGUACCUGUCUAGCGAGGGUGUGAAAUGGUACUAUCUGGUAUUGUGUUUUGGCUUAAACACCAGUGUCGCUUCGAUGUUGUUGGUUAUGAGUAGGGAAUGUACACAUUGUUGUGGACGUCUGUGUGUGACCUCUGUAUAACUAAUCAGGAUUGUGUCAGGCAACCUUAGGACAAGUGCCCCUGGCAUUACAGUGUGAGGAGUGCUUUCUGCAGUCAGUGAUGGGGAAAAAGGCAAAUUCUUCUCUCAAAGCGCCAUGAAUUAAAAGUGAGGAGGACAAAAAUGUAUUCCUUGAAGUUACACCAAAGGGCUUAGAUGAAUAAAUUUGACACUGAAAGAUGUCGACUUUCUAUCCUUAUGAGAAAGAGACACAGGAACACAUCAUCGUAAAUCUCAGAAUUCCAAGUAUCAGUUCAAAAGAUGUCAAAGAAUAGUUUUGUUUUGUGUUUUUGUUUUUUUUUUUUUAAUUUUUCUUCCUCAUUUAGCUUUGCAAAUAUACUGGACCCUUUGCAUAAAGAACAAAAUAAAAGUAAGACAUAUAAUUUUUUUUUUAACAGACAAGCCUUAGUAAUAAAGUAAAAUGUGAAUUUUUAAUAAUGAUUCUUUUAUAUUUUCACUUUCAGUAGCAUUGCAAAAUUUUAAACUCACUUUCAAAAUAAGAGGUUUCUUCUGAAAUUAUUUAAUUAAAAUAACAUAAAUUUUCUUUCCGAAUCAAACUAAACCAUAAAAUUUAAAGUCUUCAGUAAUUUUCCUUUGAUGUCCUGCAUUUAUGCCUCACUUAUCCCUUUCCUUGUGCUACUCUGUCAUAUUUCUUAAGUGGUACGUACGUGACAUGAGACAGACACGAAGGUAGCUGUGCAGUUACCUUGUAACCUCCUUCUUUACUCUUUUACUCUUUUCACAGAUCAAAUACUACAUAGAAACCUACAAUUUGGAUGGUGUGUUCUCUAAAACUUUUUGGUUGACUAAUAUCACUGUACAAUGUAAAUGUUUCAAAACCCCUUCCUACAGGAUUAUAAGCCAGCCACUUCUGGUGCAUAUUAAUGCUUUAAAGAUUUUUUAGCACAAUGACACAGUAACCUCCACCCAACCUGAAGGAAUUAGUUGGAGUCCCAGAGAUGACGGGCCAAUUCACAAUGAGUAGCUCCUUCACAUGGCAGGAAACUGGAAGAUUACUUCUAAUAAAAUAAAUUUUUAAAUUAUUCCUUCAUAUGAGCUUGACUUUUGCAAAAAAGAAAAUUAAAUCAGAUGUUUCUACAACAUGGUUAGCUGUACAUCUACAUUGUUCUUUUUUUUUUAUAAUUUAACACUAUGUGUUCAGUUUUCUUAUGGGCUUUCAAAAGUUAUCUUCUUUCCUACAUUGAGCUCCAUUUGCUAUCGUAAUUAUACCAUAUGAGGUAAAAUGUAACAACUGAAGAGGCAGCAAUACCACCUUGGUUAGACAAAUACAUGUGAGAAAGAAUGAGAGAGAAACAAAUACAUAUACAAAAAAUUAAAAUCAGUACCACUCUUCACAAACAGUAAUUUUUCAUGUUAGAAAUGUAUGUUGUUUGAGGAGGUGACCAGAAAGUGUUAUUUUUCAUGUUUAGUUUAUUCAAAGAAUUGAAUUAUAAAAAACAGCAUAUUUUUAUGCUCCCAGAUUUAUGAAACUGGAUCCACCAAAUUCAACUUCAAUUCCAAAAGUUGAUUUAGUCAUAUUUAUUUUGGAGAUUGAAUUGCUGGUUCGGGGGGUUAUCAUUUAAGAUUGUUGUUUAAUUAAAAGAAUUUUAAAGGAAUGCAUGAAUUCUGCCUCUUGAUAUGUAGAAAAGCAACACAUGGGGGGAAAUCACGUUGCAUUUUAAGGUUGCUGUUCUGAUAAGUUUAUUACAAAAAAUUAUCUUAAUUUGAUAUGUCAAAGUGUAUUGUAUUAUUAUGUGAUCUCUAGUUUGAACAGUUUUCCAAAGAAGAGUGGGUAUGGAUUUGUUGGUUGGUUGAUUUCUUGUGAAUUAUGGUCAAAAUGUAGCAAAGUUUGAACAAAGGACUAAAUUCUAAUGUACACUGUUAAUAUUAUCUUUACCAUGUAUAAGAUUUGCUUAGGAAUCACAGAUACACCUAACAUAAAAGGGCCCAGAAUACAGUGAUAUUUAGUUAAUGAUCUGUUUGGAGAAAAAAAUGCAGUCAGGGGGAUGUAUGUAUUUUGGCAGCUAUCUUUUGCAGACAAAUUUUCCAGUUCCAUUUGUUGUCUUUUUUCCCACAUCUUUUCUUAAAAGGACAGUGUGAUACCAGAAGCCAGGCAGAUGGUUUUUAUUACCAAAAGUCUUUAUGAGUUUCUCAUUGAGAUGAUAUUUUAUGUUGGGCUGAUUGUUCCCUCUUCAGUAUAAAAUUGGUAAUCAGCUAUCAAUAUACAUAGAAUGUUAGAUUGGCAAAAAAUUGGUUGUGUUGGUUCAUAGCAGGUAAGAGUUUUAUUGUCACAUGCCAUUUUACCAUGAUCUUUCUAGACAUAGGAAAUAUAUUUUUUUAACUAGAAAAUUUCUUGGAAACAUAAAUGUAUGUCAACAUUAAGUAUUAAACUUGGGUCAUGGGAUAAAAUCUUUAAAAAUGCAGACAUCUUAGUAACUGGUUCAUAGCUCUGUGAAUAAAUUAGAAAAAUUUAAAAGAAAAUGCAAUGGAUAUGGAAGCUAAUUUUUCAAAAAUGGCCCUUUUGCAGUGGCAGGAAUUGUGAUCCCUCUCCCAGCUUUAGUUAUUUCUCAGAAGCGUAUGAAAAAACUGAUCUUGGAAAAGAAACCGAGCAUUAAACACAAUUGUCCAUAUUCCUGGUUCUACUCUUGUUAAAAAAGGGUUUGUACAUAUGAUUCUUACUGGUACUCGAAAUGACUCAUUCUCAAAGCAGCAGAAACAGAAUUAAUUUGAAACCAGAUUUGUUCAGUGUAGGAAGUUUCCUCUUCUGAGCAUGCGCUUUAGAUAUUUUUAUUUAGUACAAUCACUCAGUUAUUGCUUUAUUGGUAUGUGCAAGUACGCUAGAUAAGUUUGCACAUGACAUACAUAGAUGCAUAAACCCCAAGAUACCUGAAUUUUUUCAUAGGUUUAGUUUAGGGUAUAAUAUUUAUCGUCUUCAAACUCAAAAUGAAGGUUUAAGCUUUAAUAGGACUAAUUUAUUCACCAUGCCUUGGCCGGUGCCUUUAUUUUUAAUACUGCGAUUUUAAUUCUUCAUUCAUGUGUUCAUUAUUUUGCUUGUCUUGCUUAACUGUAAUUGAAAACAUGUAACGGGACACACCCAUGUAUAAUUUUAUCAAGUUGAACGAACAGGACCUCAUCAGAUUUCUACCCUUUAUUUAACCUCAUUUGCACAUACCCUGUUUUCUGUAACCAAUGGUCUGUACAGAUUCAGUUUUUUUAAUAAGAACUUCCAAGAACUAUAACACUGAUUAGAUGUGAUUUUGUGGGGUUUCGGGUACAUAAGCAUGAUUUUGAUCUUGAAGAUCCCGUCUCUCUUUUUAUAUUUCAAACGUAUGUUUGCUUUCUCCACUUUGCUGAUUUUAUGUAGGAUUUAAUUUUUUAAAGACUAUAUUCAGUCACUUUAUUCGAUCCCUUCUCUUUGCAAAUAUUAGUCUGAAUUAAAACAUCACAGUAAAAUGUAAAUUAGUUGAAUGCACUCUCAGUUGUUUGUCCAUGCUUGUCAGUAUCACAAGGCUGUUAUAUUUUUACAUUUGCAUAACUGUUUAUACUGAUACAGAUUUUGCUGACUUCUUUAAACAUUUAUCUAAGUUUAAAUUAGUGAUACCCAAUGCAGUGCACAUGUUUAUUUUUUAUUUGAUAUUUGGUUGUCUGAAACAUUGAAUGCAUUUAUGUGAUGUUAAUAACAGCAAAAAGAAAAAAGAAUUCUCAAAAAAAAAAAAAACCAGAUAACUUUCAGCGGUUUCUUAUUGGUCUUAAAUUAAGACGUCACAAGAAGAAAGACAUUAAUGUUUCCCAAGAAACAUGUUUAUAAUCCAAAGAAUAUUACUCUCCUCACUCAAACUCUAAUCUUUUCCUCUUCUCAACCUGAUGAUGGAAAGCAGUGCUUUUUAUAUUGUACAUAAUCUGACUGUUCUUUCCAGCAAGAAUUGGAAAAAUGCUAGCUCGAAGCACUCAGCCCCAAGCAUGGCUUCUGCUGGUACAUGGAAUAAUAUCUCUAAACGGCUGAGAUGAAAACAUACAAGCUGAAUCCAGAGAGUUUGUCAGCUAGAGAAGUGGGCACUACACAUGUUGGUUUUCAGCUGAUAUUUUGGGGGUACUGUAUGUUUGCAAAAGUUUAAGCAGAAAGUUUUUAUUCCUGUUGUAAGCUGAAGUUUUUCAAGUGUUUUAUCUAGUACUCUCACCCACCUGAAACAUCAUACUAAUUAUAUCAUGGCCAUCACAGCCUUCCAGUUUUUUUUUUCCCCUAUAGUCCCAUGCUAUCUGAAAUAGCCUAUGUAAAUGACAUUUUUCUCCUUGUGAUCUGUUGUAUGGUGUAUAUGCUGUGUACUCAUUUAGUAUUCAAAUUGAAACUACAAUAGAUUUCUCCAUAGAAGAUGUUUCUGUACAAUAUCCCUACCUAUUCACCGGAUCCACCGACCCAUUUGAAAUAAUGUGCUUGCCCAAAACACUGUGAGACAGUUAGCAAAAUUUGUAGAAAUGGUAAUUCUUUCUCAAAAGACAAGGCGACUUUCUUUCCACAUCCAUGUGAACAAAAAAGAUCCUAUAACCCUAUGUAGCAAAGGCGUCUAAGAGUUUGCUGGUGUUUGUCUCCCUGCUAAGCCAAAACCGUGCUGGCAUGUAACACGGCUGUGUUGUAUGUGCCGUGGAAAACUCCAGGCUCACUGUACACUGAUUCGGAGACUUGCUGGAUCUGUAGCCAAAAUUUCUGAUAGGCGCUCUUUUGGAAGGAGAAAGAAUGUCAAGUUAACAAUAUCCUAUGUUGUUAAUAGUUGAUGAGUUAGUAAACUAAAAAAAAAAAAUUUUAUAUCUAUGACAUAUAAAAAUCUUUGUAAAAUGAGCAAGUGCAAUAACUUCAAGAGG